CUUCCCUACGCUCCCGGCCGGGGCAAGCUGCGCUAUUUCACUCUCUUGGGACAUAUUUACAAUUUGCCGCUGUUCACACUUCUCCCGGAGCCGGGCAAGAUGCUCUGCAGCAAAAUACACUGGCUCGAAGCCAGCAGGGCCCGCACCCCUCGCCACCGCGCACACGGGGCCGCGGGCUCUGCUCGCUGGCGGCACCUCCCACCACGCCCCGGAGGCCGGCCCGGGGCGGCGGCUCCGCUCCCCGCCGCGAAACGCUCGCCCUGCGCGGCCGAACUGCGCGCGGCCCCGCUGCCGCCUCAGCACCCCGCUCUGCGUCGCACCCGCGUGACGCAGAGCCGCCCCGCCCCCCACGACACAGCACCACCGCAGCCCGCCUCCACGUGCGGCGGAAGUCGCGGAGGGGGCGCGGCGCGGGCACCGGCCAGUGGCGGGCGGCCCCACCCAGGCAGCCGCCGGCGGGCGUUAAAGCGGCGGCGGGGCCGGGCCGCGCUGCGCCGGUUGCGGGUCGAUGGAGCCAGACGGCGGCUGCUUCCUGUACUAUGGGUACGGCAGCAACUUGCUGCGGGAGCGGCUGCUGCUGAGCAACCCCUCGGCGGCGCUCUGCGCCGUGGCGCGCCUGCAGGUUCAAGAGCUGGCAGUCAGGCGCUAGGUUUUCUAGCUGGCCUUUGACUGGGCGCUGUGCUUCCCCGAACAGUGGCUGGCUUCACUCUCUUGCUUCAAGCUGGAAAAUCACUGAUGCAUGGGAGUGAAGAGCACAAAGGCUGGAGCUGUUUUCUGUUAAUUGCUCUAUGGUAGUACCACGUUGGCUUAAAAAAGGAAAAAUAGCUUGUAAGCAGAGUACUUUGGAUGCUGAACUAGAGUAUUAAAUUAACCUCCCUCUGGUUUUACUUUUUUAAAGCUUUGUUAAUAUUUAGCCAAAAGCUGUGAGAAAUGGGACGUGUAACAAGCAUAGGAAGGCUAUUACGCUGGUACUUAGAAGAAGGGCCAAAGGCCAAGCUCUUGAGUCAAGUAUCUAGUGUGUUUGUUCCCCCUUCCCUGCAGUGCCUGCUGCAGUUGCUCACAUUGCUUAGCAUAGGGUUUCCUCCAUCCAGAAUUGGAGUUAACAGCACUAUUUCUGUGCUGUCUCUUGCCCUUUCUGGGUGGUACCUGAUGGUUUUAUACACCUCCUUGCAGGUAUUCAGUGCGAGUCAGGUCCAAGAAAAUGUAACUGGAGCAGUAAAAUAAAAACUGGUGCUUUUUUUUCCCCCUCUGCUAGCACUUUUCUACAUCUGUAACCUCAGUCUGUAACUUGACUGGUCUGUUUACUUGUGUGCUAAUUACUCAGGCUUGACUGUCUGCAGGGUCUAGUCCAGAGUCAUCCUCAUACAGUAAUCCAGUAACUCUAAUAUUGCAAAGCCAUUUUGCAGCAGUUUGAUGAAUGGUUGAUGACUAGUGUGACUAAGUAAAUAUUUUUCUAGUGAAAUUAGUUCAAUGGAGGACACUUCAUGGGAAAAGAAAAUGACUAUUGAUGGAGUAAACAGUAUAGUUUUGCCAGGCUGCUGGUUAUCACUUACACAUAGACAAAAAUAUUUGAUCAGUGUUCUGAUCAGUGCAUUUGUUCUGUGUGUUAGCCUCCAACUGCUCAACUUCUGCAACCUUUUUCCUGUAUCUGUUAGGUACAUGUGUCUCAAAGUGAAUAUUUUUAAUUUAAUUAAAAAUAAAUAAUUUAUUUUUAUAAAUAAAAAUAAUAAAAUUUUAAUUACAAAAUAAAAAGUGAAAAGAAGGUCAUGUGUCUCAAAGUGAAUAUUAAUAAGUAUGCACACAUAUAUAUUUCAAAUCAAAAUUAUAGCUUAAAGCAGGUGAUCAUAAGAAAUUAGCAAAGCUGUUGUAUAGGUUUGGGGUUUAUUUUUUUGUUCUUAAUCCUUUUUGCGUUUGCCGGAUUUUGUGGUUGUGAUUAAGCAGGUAGUCUUCCUUCAAGUUUGUUGGGGUUUUUGUUAUUUUUCUUUCCCUUCUCUGCUGCUAGGGAAGAAGCCACAAAUUGGCUAACAAGUAGGAAAGGAAACCAAGUGUAUGGAGUCAGAUGGGAAAUUAGACUAGAAAAAUGCAAACGCCCAUUAUUGUCUUUUGCUUAUACAGUAAUAUUUGAUGUAACUUGUAAGAAAAGAGAUACUUGAUUUCUAAACAAAUGUUUAAACUUGCAAACACUUGAGUAAGUUCACUCAAGGAGGCAUAUACCUUGACUUAAAAAUACCUAAGAAUGUUCCAGUUAAGUGAUGAGAUGGCAAAAAACACUGGAAAAUAUGCAGGAUGGUAUUUUAUAAUUGGGCAGUUCUAUUAGUGCAUGAGGACAAGACCCAAAGCUCACUGUUUUGUAGGCUUCUUUACCCUUGCUAUUUUCCUGGACUUUGCAUGGUAGCAUUUAAGUCCUGUAACAGUACCAAGUGCUGCAAAGGAAUGGGCACCAGGUAGGCAUGUCUUCUGAGGAACAAGAAGAUGGCAGUAGUCAGUUCCCUCCUUUGUGGCACACCCCAUGCAAGCGCCCUUCAGAUUGUCUAAUGGGAAGCACAUUAGCAAUCCUUUCACUGCCAACUUGGACAAAAGUCAAGCUGACGUUUCUUCAGCACUAUUGUGUUUAUGCAGAAUUGGGUAUGUGUGCUACCCUUGAAAAAGGGCUACCUCCACUUUCUUCUAGCUACCACCACUAGAAAUUGUUAGCUAGUGUUUAGGCCAGACUGAUAAGAGGUUUGGAUGUUGAUCCAGGUCUCUGCAGACCAAGACUCUUCACCAGUAGUGCUCUCUGCUGGACCUCUCUUCCCUUUGUCACAAGGCUGCCAUUUCUCAUGGAGAGGUGGAGAAGGCUGACUUCAGCCCCUCGUGAGAGAGAAGCUGUAUCAGAUCCUGCCUAUCUGUUCUUCCUCCUGUGGCUCCAACUGACUACUUGCAGACUUUUAGCUGCCCCUUUCAUGUCAAGAAUAGCCAACAGCUCUUAAGUGGAAAUUGAUUCUCUGCAUUGGUUUCAU